GAAAAAUUAAUACUGUUUGAAAAUAAUUUUGUGUGAAAGACAACGCAAAUUCAUGAAAUACCAAAAAGAAAAAAAUUAUAGUUUCAUAUAUUAAAUAGUUUGUUUCUAUGUAUACGUAUAUGACAUUUGGUUAAAGACUACAAUAACUUUUAAUCAACAUUUGUAGUACAAAGAAAAAAAAAAUUAAUAAUAUUAAUAAAAUACGAUUUUAAGUGUAAGGAAUCGGUAUUCAUAAAAUGUUUAGAGAAAUAAUUUUUGCAGUUUAAUAGAAACAUUUGAUAAAAAGAAAGCAUAAAUAUAAAAAAAAGAAGGAAUAGAAAAAACGCAUGCGCAAAAAAAAGGAUACCGACGGAGUAUUUCAGAGAAGAGCAGCAAAAGUUUCCGGGAUGAAACUUCUAGGAUGACAAAGCCUCUGUGAGCCUUUACCCUGUUCCUUUCUUCUUCUUUCGGUAAGAUACGGCAGUAAUACCGGUGAAACGCCGAGAAUAGACAAGAAAGGAGAACAUUUUCUUAAAAGAAAAGGUACAUAAAUGCUGUUAUCAAGCAUUGCAGCGAGAAGCGCAAGUAAACGCGAUAUGAACGCGUCGUUGUGAAUGGCGCUUCUAGUGACAAAGGUGGCUGAAGGAGAUUUUACAUUUCACAUAAGAUGUAAACUGUGUUUAAAAUGGAUGUUACAAAGAAAACUUCUGUUUGUUAAUUAAGUUGAACUUUUUCUUCAUUUUUCCGCCUGACCUUCGUUAACGAUUUAACGAAAAGAUGGAGAUAAAGAGAAAAGAAAAAACGACGAUUUCAAUCGGAUCCCGGUACGAUCGUCUGUAAAAUCCUGCGUAACAUCACGACGGUUCGUUCGCAGAGUGGACAACCAUUCCGCAACAACCGCGAUGCAUGAUCUUAUGCGUUAGUGCAAUGGUCAUGGGCAAUCUUGUCAUUUUGUUAUCAAGAAGAAGUGGAGACUGAAAUUAUUGGAACUGAGGGAGGAGAUUUAAAAUUCAGUCAGCUAAAUAUGUCCAACACUAUCAGUAAUAUGAAGAUGACCAACCGUAUCAAGGGAAUGGUGAGCAAACGUCGUAGGCGUUUCACAGAAGAUGGCUUUGACCUUGAUCUCACAUAUAUAAGAGAUAACUUAAUAGCAAUGGGUUUUCCAGCUGAAAAGUUAGAAGGAGUAUAUAGGAAUCACAUAGAUGAUGUUGUUAAACUGUUGGAAUCUAGGCAUAAAGAUCAUUAUAAGAUUUACAAUCUAUGUUCAGAGAGAUCUUAUGAUUUUAAGAAAUUUAAACAAAGGGUAGCUACAUAUGCGUUUGAUGAUCAUAAUCCACCAAUGUUGGAUCAAAUCAGACCAUUUUGUGAAGACGUGCACGAAUGGCUUAGUCGUCAUCAAGAAAAUGUAGCUGUCGUACACUGUAAGGCUGGUAAAGGUCGGACGGGUGUAAUGGUGUGUUGUUACCUUCUUCAUACUAAACAAUUUCCCACUGCCACAGAAGCCCUUAAUUACUAUGGAAAUAAAAGAACACACGAUAGGAAGGGGGUAACAAUACCUUCACAGAGGAGGUAUGUGGAUUAUUAUGCUACUCUUGUACAAGAAGGACUAGAUUAUCAACCGGAUACAUUGUUGUUACGAAAAAUACAAUUGGAUCCAGCUCCUAUUUUUCAUGGAGGUCAAGGAUAUUUGCAUUGCAUAAUAUCUGAAUCUAAGAAAAAAAUAUUUAGUUCCGAUAUAGUAGAAGUACGAAAAGGAAUGCACACAGUCAGCAUCCCUUUAAAACACAGCAUAGCAUUGACGGGAGAUAUACGAGUGGAUUUCUUUAACAGACCAAAAAUGAAGCGAAAGGAAAAAUUGUUUCAUUUUUGGUUCAAUACAUUCUUCGUACGAGACUACUUAUCGCCGGAAUACGAUAAUGGAGAGUUACCAGUUGAGCGUUCAACUAGGGCAUUGAGUUGCGAUGGUGCAACUAUGGAAUUACCAGUGGUUAUGUCGCACAUGAAACCCAGAGCCGGAUCCUUAGCUAGUCUCGGACCUAUGCCACCUACUCUUGUUUUAAGUAUAGAUAAAUGGGGUCUGGACGACGCACACAAGGAUAAACAUCACAAAGUGUAUAGCGCUGAUUUUAAAGUUAGCUUAUUUAUGCAUCGGAUGGGUGGUAAUAUAUCGCAAACUGUAUCAGCGACAACAAAUAGAACAGGAGAGGGUAUACAAAUAGGAAUGGGAGGACAAGAUACCCCGAGCGAAUCAAGCGAAGCGGAUAGCAGUGAAUGCGACACAACUGGUGAUACGACGGGAGAUGAAGAUGGGGAAUCUGGUGAGUCUUCUGCAUCUCUGGUGGUGAAUCACCAUCCUCUUACACACAGCAGUAGCCGUACACACGUUAGUAUCCACCAAAGAGCUAGUCUCAGAGAAACUGCAAAAGGUUUACUCUCGCAUGGGGAUAAAAGUAGAAGUAGUCAUCGGCAAAGCACUGGCAAUGUGAAACGUUCUUCAGCUCUCAUACGUUCGGCCACGUUAGACACAUAAAAAGAAAUAUAUAUUUGUAUAUGUACAUACACGUACAUAUGUAUAUAUACAUAUAUUUAUCGUAUCUUGUACUUAAACGCUGAGUUCUCUGAACUGGCAUUCGAGCUUUACAAUAAUUUUAUGUGAAACCAGAUCGUGCUAUUAGUUUCUUUUUGUUAUGCUAGCAUGAAAAAUUAGCAUUCGAUAAGUUCUUAAAUGCAUCGAUUUUAUCUAAUGUCCUCUGAUAAUGAACAAUAAUAUGUGUCUAUAGAAAGGUUUAGGCUGAUCAGUUUCGAAAGAUAAGAAGACUUAAAAAAAUACUUUGGUAGAGAAUUUUUAUGAAAUCAGUAGUAUAUCAGAAUAUUUCGAUACUAUUCCUUCGGUAAGAUAACAUUUAUCAAAUGAAUGUUUAAUGUUUUGUUGUAGUUAUAAAGUUAUAAUUAAUCAAAGUUAUUGAUUCUACAUUUGUGUAACAAAAGCUUUUGAUAUUGAUAAUAUAUCUGAGAUAGUCGAUACUAAGUAGAUUCCAUCGAAUGUCCCGAAAUAAAAGAACUGCAAAUUAAGAUAUUGUAUAUUUUUGCAUAGCAGAUAUUGUUUGCAAAAUAUUAAGAUGUUUCAGUAUUCAAGAUUCAAGAUUACGAUCUUUUUUUCUGAAUAGAAAUUAUUGGAUAUUUAUUAUUAAAAAUUAUUGAAAAAGAAUUAAUCUCUAUUAUGACUACCAUGUACGUUCCAUCUAUUUUUCAGUAGAUUUCCUGAAGUAUUUUGUUUCGAUGACUGUUUAUUUUAACUGUCCGAUGUAGUAAAAUUUGAUGUUGUGUGUGAAUAUACAUAUGUACAUACGCACACGCGCGCACGCGUGCCCACGCACAUACACACAAACAAACAAAUAAGAGAAUUCUUAGUGUUGAAGAGAAAGUGCCGUCUUUUGCGUUUAUGCAAUUAUGUAAUCACGUACUAUGUACGAAACUAGUAUUUGUUUUGUAAUUGUAUGACAAAGCCAACUUAUAGAAAAUAAUUGACUAAUGCAAUAAGUACGGGAGUAAGAAGCGCGACAAUUUGUAAUCGUAACAUUUUACCGUUUGUACUUGUAUUCGACGUGGCAUUAUGAAACAGAUAAAUAACUUAAAUGUAUCCUGAUUGCCUUAUACAAUGUGAUGAUCGUUAACGUUUUGGAAAUAGCAAAACUAAUUCGCAUAGAUUUGAGUAGAAGAUUGUAGCCAAAAUUUGUAAGAUAACAAAUGUACAGAAAAUUUAAUUCUUUCAAUUUUGUAAUAGAAAUAUGUUAUAGAUUAACAGGCUGUGCAAUUUUUUAAAGUUGUAAUUCUUGAUAUCUUGCGAACACGAUUUUCAUAUCGAUGACAAGAUACAUCUAAUUUCAAUUAAGUUAUCGUGUUCUAUCGAGUAAAUUAUCGUGUGUGAAUCUUUGUUACUGCGGUACUAAGAUUAUAUCGUGUGCAAAUAUUCAAAAAUUACCUAAUCGAAUAACGUUACCUUAAGGAUAUUAACUUCUUUCUUUUACAUAAUUACAUGUAAUUUGAGAGAAGUGUUUUAUUAUUUUUUCUUUCUAUUCGUUUGCUGUUUUUUAAAUUAUUUUUUUUAUGGGUACAAAGUAACACGAAAAAUUCGCGACAAAUGUACACAGAAAUAUUUAGCGAAACCUUGUAAAAUUCAGUUUUAAAGAAGCGGUCUUAAAACUGAUAUUUUACGUUUGUUGAAUUAUAGUGCAACCAUUGAAAUGUUGUCCGUAUCGAAUAUCGAUUCGGAAAUUGUGUAUUGAGUUACAGAUUUGUGGUACGAAUAAUAAUAGUUACAUACAAAUUAAAUAUAUAUAUGUCGUAAUAAAUUUACGAGAAUAAGACUUGCGAAAUGGCAUGCAAAGAAUUGCAUACAUUGCAAAAUGAAUUUGAAAACGAUCUAAUACUGAUUUUACUAAUUAAUUAUUUUUCUAUUAGAUAUACAUAUACAUACAUAUAUAUAUAUAUGUAUAUAUAUAUACACAUAUAUAUAAAUAUAGGUUUUACAGAUUUUCGUACAAGCUACGCAGUCAUAAUUCAAGCGUAUAUGGAUAUGAUUACGAAGCGGAUACGUAUACUGUUAGGUAGCAAUAAAUUGUCGAUAAAUAAAUUAGUAUUGAAAGUUGUUACUUGAUACGUACACAAAGUUUCCUUAUGAGACUCUAUUCGCUCCGUUUUCAUUUCCUACUUACCUAUUACCUCUAAAUUUACUCACGUCAAAAUCGCAACGAUCUUUCUCUAUGUUCAAUCACACACAUUCGCGUGUUUCGCUUAAUUGUUAUCAUUAAUCUCCAAUUUUUCAUCUGUUCGCUCAUUAUCAAGCGUGAGAAGAGUUUUCCUCACAUUUCUUUUUUUUCUUUUUCUUCCUGUUUUCUUUUUCUCCCGUUUCUCUUUUUUAAGUUGUAAAAAAAAUUGAACAUGAUCAGAAAUUAUGAAAUUUAUUAUUAUUUAGAAAAUGAUCCAUUUUUCUUUCGAUUACUUACGCGUUUGAACGUGUGAUGAAUUAAAAUCUCUACGUACGAUACGACUAUGUAAAAAUUCAUAAGGUCGUAUUAAAGUAAAACAGAAAACUUACGAAUACUUCGAUGAAACUUAUAUGUGAUUGUUGUUAAUAAUAUAAUUAGAUUAUCGAGAAAAGCAUAAUAGAGGCACACAAAGUUUCAAACAACAUGGAAUUCUGAUUAUGAAUAGUUAAUACGUAUAAAUAGAAAGAUAUCUUUGAAGCUGUUAAUAUACGGUGAUUUUAGACUUUUAUAUAUGUUAGUUUUGUAAAUACGUAGUUAAUAUUAUUAUAAUUGAACAAUUCUCUAACCACACAGGGAUUAGAUAUUCGGAUGAUUGUCAUUCUUUGAAAAUUUCAUCGUUUGUCAAUAUGUAGUUCCUCUCUGAAUUGUUCUUAUAGAUUGUAGUACUUGUACAUGUUUAAUAAUUUUCAUGAUUAACAUUAUAUUUAUCGUGUCAUGCAUGAGUAUGCAAAAGAUAGAUGAAGCCUGGCAAUUUUUAAUAUUUAGAAUGCAAAUAUUCAAAAUUUUAUCUUGUUUUUUGGUGUAUGUUUAGGAAUAUUAUAUCAAAACCUUGAUACAUUGUAAUUUUACACUGGUUUUUGCAUCGCUGCAUGUUUGUAGUUAAUAAUAACCAUAGUUAUCGGAUGUCUGUAAUAUUUUAAAUUACAUAUUCUGUAAUGAUUAUUUUGUGAUACUAUUAUACUUAUGAUUAUUAAUUA